AUGGAACAACAUCUGGAUCAAUUUCCCGUCGACGAGCCCACGAACAAUGUGAACCGUGAACAGAAUGGUACCCGGAAAUUCUCACCAGGCUCGCCUGCUGGUAGCGAACAGGGCAAGAAAAUAAUCGAUGUUGCCUGCUGGCCCUGUCGUAAGAGGAAAGGAAAGGCAAUGCCACCAUACCCAUCAUAG